GCAAUACAGUACAAUUACACGACAGACUUUGUUAUUAUCGCUCAGCUGAUGGAGUCUUAACUAUGACUACUUUUAAAUUAUAUCAUUUCCUCAUGUCGAUCAGCUGAUUGACGUGUCUGCAGAAGAGUAGUACAAGCUGAGUCUGGUGCAGUAAUCCCUAGGCCUCCUCAUAUGUCCUUUUAACACAGAAAGAAGAUCAAUAAUGAGGGGUCCACUAUCAGGAGUAAGAGUUUUAGAUAUGACAAGGAUUCUUGCAGGUCCUUUUACGACAAUGCUUCUGGGAGAUUUAGGAGCAGAAAUAAUAAAAAUUGAAAAACCAGAGUCUGGAGAUGACACAAGAUCAUGGGCUCCUCCAUUUUGUGAGAAUGAAAGCACAUAUUUCCUCUCUAUAAACAGAAACAAGAAGAGCAUUGCUGUAAACAUCAAGGAUCCCAAAGGUACAGAAAUUGUCAGAAAGCUUGCUUCAAAGUGCGAUGUUCUGGUAGAAAAUUACUUACCUGGAAAACUGGACAAAGUGGGUUUAGGAUAUGAUCAGCUGAAGACAUCAGUACCUUCCUUGAUAUAUUGUUCAAUAACAGGAUUUGGUCGUGGGGGACCUUAUGAUCAGAGGCCAGGAUAUGACGUCAUGGUGUCAGGUAUUGGGGGACUGAUGCACAUAACGGGCCCUGAGGACAGUGAUCCUUGUAAGGUUGGCAUUGCAGUAACAGACAUAACUACAGGACUGUAUGCACAUGGAGCCAUAAUGGCUGCACUUCUACAGAAACAAACAACUGGACUGGGACAAAAAAUAGAUUGCUCCUUGCUGGCAUCACAGAUAGCCAUGCUUAGCCAUGUUGGGACAAGUUACCUCAAUGCUGGGUUUGAGACUGGACGCUAUGGGACUGCCCACCACAGUAUUGUCCCAUACCAGGCUUUCAAAACUUGUGAUGGACACUUCCUUGUAGGAGCUGGAAAUGAUGGAUUGUUUAGGAAACUUUGCAAAUUAUUAGGUUUAGACAACUUGGCUGAUGACCCAUUAUAUGCUACAAAUGCAGCCCGAGUCGAAAAUCGUCACAAGUUGCUUCCCUUGCUAAAAGAAUGUUUUCAGCAACGAGGAACAAAGGAAUGGGCCAAGGCGUUUGAAGGAUCUGGCAUUCCUUGCGGACCAAUUAAUAAUAUAAAAGCAGUGUUUGAAGAUCCACAGGUGAAAUACAAAAAAAUGGUGCAAGAGUUAGAACAUCCCACGGCAGGAAAGAUUCGGAUACCAGGACCCGCUGUGGAGUACAACGGACAAACCUGUCAGGGGCUCCCUAGGGCACCUCCUUUGUUAGGACAACAUACACAUGAAAUUUUAACAAAUCUUCUUGAAUACAGUAACAAGGAGAUUUCUACUCUUGAGCAUGAUGGAAUCAUAGAAUGUCACCUUCAAAAAUAAUUCUAAUAAACUAAUUUGGCAAUUUAAAUUCUGACAAUCAGUACUGUAGUACACAAUAAAUUUUGAUCACAGUAAA